GACCUUGACAUCUCAAGUUGAAAUAUGCUUCAAACUCUCUAAAAGCUAUGUUUCAUACUAUUUAUUGUAGUAAAAGAACAAUGAAAAUUAAAAAAAUACACAAGUUGUAACAAAAUAUAGGCUAAACAGCGCUAAACAAGAAUAAAAGCCAUCGCAGGUGCACGAGAUGUGUACGAGAUUUGAGACGAGAGUUUUCGUUUUCCAACAAAAAGUUUCACAUUUUCAUGAAUUACACGGUUUUAGUGAAUUUAAGACGCAUUGGUACUGGAACUAACAUGCUCAUAUUUUUGGGAUUGUACAUCUUCACACAUAUAAUUAUUUGAUGAUUCAAUUUGGACAUUUUUAUCUCACGCAGCGAUCAAGGGUUGAACAGCUGAAUCCCAGAUAGCAUCAAAAAGCAUGCCAGUUUAGCAUAUAGCCUGGGAACAAACUGGAAUCAUAAUAUAUAGAGGUGUAGACUUUAUACUCAAAUUUUGAACUUCAAAGGAUGAUGAAUUUACACCAAAUCUUACGUUUAUAAGCUUUGUUCCAGUGAAGUGAAUGGUGGAGCCGUAUUCAGACCUGCAAACAGCUUCCUCAAAAUAAAUAUCAGUGGGGGUUAAACAAACAAAAAGGACAAUGUCGAGAAUUGAAAGCAAAGCACCUAUUUUAUCAACAGCUGGAGCCAUCCCUCUGAAAGAUGAAAAGGGUAAAGUUGUCAUGCAAAAAGUGAAGGUUAGUAGGUAUGUGACUGGAAAAAGACCUGAAUAUGCCCCUCAAGAUUCAAGUGACGAGGAGGAAGUUGAAUUUGGUAUUGGACAGAAAAAAUCAGCUCCGUUACCACUGCCCAGAAUAGAUGCUGAGAAAGAUGAUCGUCGAUUGAAAAGAUUACAAAACAGACAACUAGAUGAUGACACAGAAGACAGAGUAUCAAGGCACAGGCGUUUACACGAACCUGAAGUUCUAGAUGGCUCCUCAGAUGAAGAUGAACCUGAAGAAAAGAAAGAAGAUAUGGAAGAGUCCAGUGAGGAAGAAGAGGAAUUAGAUGAAGAUGAAAUUGAACAAAGAAGAAUGAUGCUCCGACAGAGAGCGCUACAGAAACAAGAAGAGGAAGAACUGAUGGACGUUGAAGAUGAGAAAUCUGGCGACGAAAGUGAUGAGGCUGAAGAAUCAUCAGAAUAUGAAGAAUAUACAGACUCAGAGGAGGAAGAUACUGGUCUCAGAUUAAAGCCAGUUUUUGUUAGGAAGAAAGAUCGUAUAACUGUCCAAGAGAGAGAAAAAGAGGCCCUCAGGCAAAAAGAAUUAGAGUUGGAAACUAAAAAAUUAGCAGAAGAAAGGAGGAGACAUACACUUAAGAUUGUUGAAGAAGAGGCCAGGAAGGCUCACGAGGAGACCAGAUCAGUGCAAGAUCUUUGUGACGCACUGGAUAGUGCUGAUGAGCAAGAUGACGAAGAGGAAUACGAAGCCUGGAAGAUACGAGAACUGAAACGUAUCAAGCGUGAUCGUGAUGAACGAGAAGCUAUUGAAAAAGAGAAGCAAGAGCUGGACCGAAUGCACAGCAUGACAGAGGAAGAAAGACGUGCAGAGUUACGUAACAAUCCUAAAGUCGUCACUAACAAAGCAGCUAAAGGGAAAUAUAAAUUUCUGCAGAAAUAUUACCACAGAGGGGCCUUCUUCUUGGACAAAGAAGAAGAUGUCUUCAAGAGAGAUGCAUCCUCCGCAACAUUGGAAGACCACUUUGAUAAAACUAUCCUUCCGAAAGUCAUGCAGGUUAAAAACUUUGGUAGAUCAGGCAGAACUAAAUAUACUCAUCUCGUCGACCAAGACACAACUUCCUUUGAGAGCCCUUGGGCCAGUGACACUGUGCAAAAUCUCAAAUUCCACACUGGAAAGGGUGGUGGAAUGAAACAAAACUUUGAAAGACCUGCGGUGAAACAACAAAAAUGAUUAAAAAUUAUGGUCUCAUCAUACAUGUACUGUAAAACAAAUUUGUUCACCUGGUCUUGAAUUUUGCUAUUAAUAUGUACAGUGAUGUAAAGAUAUGUGAACUUGUACAAGGUGAAUUCAGUAUGUUUUACAGUAUUGUAUUUUAAAAAAUGUAAAUUCAUACUAAAUGUGUGCAUGUUCUGAGUAACUUGGACCUGAAAUGUGCAACACAGAUUUAUGAUUUUGGAAAAAUCACGCUAUUGGCGAUUUAUCAGGGAAACAUGUAUGAAUAGUCAUUGCAAGAGGUCAACAAGAGAUGCUAGUGACAAUAGUGGAAAAUCAUAAAAGUCCACAUUCUAAAUUUUAAUUUAAAGAGACUUGAAAUGAAUUGCCAUUAUGGACUAUUUCUUAAUAUAAAUAGUUUAAGAAGACAUUUAUUUAGGAUUAUGUCAGUACUUUUGAGCUAUAAUUAGUUUGUACCAUCAGCCAAUUUUUCUCUCAAACAUUGCAUCAAGUCUCCAUUUUGGAGAAGGCUAUGCAGUGAUUUUGUUUGGGUGAUCUGAUCUCACCUGUACAUCUGAACAUCUGUACAUCUGAACAUCUGAACAUCUGUACAUCUGAACAUCUGAACAUCUCUCAAUGUGAAUACAUUUUCUUGUUCCAUUUUUGAAUCUGCCAUGGAUAUUCAUGUUAAAAAACUCA